AUGGAGGACACAUUCCUGCUGAACCAUCCAGGAGUCAAAAAGAAGAUUCUGGCAGGAGGCUCAGGACCACUGCCACACCUUCCAAUUGGGACAAAGCUGAUUUUCCAUUUCCAGACGCUGCUGGACGACUUUGACCGAACAGUCAUUGAUGACAGUCGACUGGCAGGCCGGCCGGCUGAGAUAUUUGCCGGAAAGAUGUUCAAGAUGGAAGUCUGGGAGACCCUGCUGGGGUCCAUGAGGAUCGGAGAGGUGGCUGAGUUCUGGUGUGAUGCUGUUCACACAGGCUUGUAUCCCAUCGUGUCCAAGGGAAUGAGGCUCGUUGCUCAAGGGAAAGACCCCCUGGAGGGCCAGAGACACAUGUGUGGCAUGGGAAACAUGUUCAACUAUCACUCAACGGGUUUCCCCGAGCUGGACGAGCUGAUGAGAACUCCUCAGCCUCUCAUAUUCAUCAUGGAGCUGUUGCAGGGAUCUUCAGCGCGGCGUGCCUCCGUGUCGUGA